GAGACUAUCGAUGAUUCUGGAAACAAUGACUCCGUAGCCUUAUCGUGGAAGUCUUCUGGCACCGGCGAGCACCCAUUCCGUAGACAAGAGGAUUCGUACCCAGGCAAGCGACACCCUGCAAUACAUCGCCUGCGUGUGGUCUUGCAGGUUGAGUGUUGAGUGUUGCAAAGGUUUCCCGAGUAUGCUUCGGAUACUACGUGUCUGAAGGAUGGGCGAGUGGAGUCGGUUACGGUGCCGCCGCGGAUUCUCCGGGUGCUAUAUUAUGGCACUGUUAAGAAAGCUAAAUUCCUGUAUUGGGCGGGGAUUAGCAAGGUGUACCCUUCCAGAAGAAUCAGCUAUAGUAAGACUAACGCGAGGCCUAGAGAAUUCACGUGGAGACAGCCGUGCUUCCUCUGCUGCAACUUGCUCUGAAACCCACAAAAUACCAAAGACCCGGCGAGCCCAGUUAGUCGGCGUGGUGGGUAUGGGUCUCCAGUCUCUCCCCCUGCUCGACCCGUACACCUAUGUACACGACAUGGGUGAUUCGCACUGUAAACAACCCUGUCGUGCACAGAGGUGUACGAGCCGAGCAGGUAGGGAGACUGUAUCGUGAAGUCCGCCAGAAAAGGCCCCAAAAAGAGACCUUCUAGAAGCAUCGGGCAGUGUGUUUCGGGCCUCGGGUCUUACACAACUGUCCGUGGGCUCGGGCACGCUAACAUCGUGUGUUGAGGCUGUAGAGUUGCUGGAGUGGCUUCUGAUUGC